GAGAAGAUCGGGACUUCCCCUGUUGGGGUGGUCUCCGCGGGGCUCCGCACUACUCAUGCCCGAAGGACGCUUUUCGCCGCCUCCAGGGCUGCAUUUUUGUUGGCCGCGGGCCCUUUAACGCGUACGAGGGGGCGGGAUCAGGCCUUAAGCCCUAGCGGUUGAGGGGCGGGGCCCGGCAGUGGAGUGAGGCCAGAAUUGCUCAGGGGGCGGGACUUCGGACGGAGCGAACCUAGGAUUGGGUGGUAUGGUAGCCCAGCGGGGUUGUGUGGCCAGGAUUGGUCCUCCGGGCGGGGCCCGGCGGCUGGAAUUGGCCCCCGCGUGAGGACCGCGGAGAAUUGAUGGAGUCAUCCGGGGAAGCGGAGCCCGCCGGGGCUGUUGAGGCCCCGGCUUCGAAGAGGGCCAAAGAGGGGUCGAAGAACCGCAGUCGCCAGCGGUGGCGAAAAGGCAAGGCCAAAGCCUCAAGGCUCACACACAGCAUGGACCUGCGCACAAUGACACAGUCGCUCGUGACGCUGGCAGAGGACAACAUGGCCUUCUUCUCCAGCCAGGGCCCCGGGGAGACAGCACAGCGGCUGUCGGGUGUCUUCGCUGGUGUGCGGGAGCAGGCACUGGGGGUGGAGCCAGCGCUAGGCCGCCUGCUUGGGAUGGCGCACCUCUUUGACCUGGACGCAGAGACCCCGGCCAAUGGGUACCGCAGCCUGGUGCACACAGCCCGCUGCUGCCUGGCGCACCUGCUGCACAAAUCCCGCUACGUGGCCUCCAACCGCCGCAGCAUCUUCUUCCGCACCAGCCACAACCUGGCCGAACUGGAGGCCUACCUGGCCGCCCUCACCCAGCUCCGCGCUCUGGCCUACUACGCCCAGCGCCUGCUGACCACCAACCGGCCCGGGAGGCUCUUCUUCGAGGGUGACGAGGGACUCAGCGCCGAAUUCCUGCGGGAGUAUAUCACACUGCAUAAGGGCUGCUUCUAUGGCCGCUGCCUGGGCUUCCAGUUCACACCUGCCAUCCGGCCAUUCCUGCAGACCAUCUCCAUCGGGCUGGUGUCCUUCGGGGAGCACUACAAACGCAACGAGACGGGCCUCGGUGUGACCGCCAGCUCCCUGUUCACCAGUGGCCGCUUUGCCAUCGACCCAGAGCUGCGUGGGGCCGAGUUCGAACGGAUCAUACAGAACCUGGAUGUGCACUUCUGGAAAGCCUUCUGGAAUGUCACCGAGAUCGAGGUGCUAUCGUCUCUGGCCAACAUGGCAUCGGCCACCGUGAGGGUAAGCCGCCUGCUCAGCCUGCCACCUGAGGCCUUUGAGAUGCCGCUGACCACUGACCCCACACUCACGGUCACCAUCUCACCCCCGCUGGCCCACACGGGCCCUGGGCCCGUCCUCGUCAGGCUCAUCUCCUAUGACCUACGUGAAGGACAGGACAGCGAGGAGCUCAGCAGCCUGACGAAGUCCGAGAGCCAGUGGACCCGGGAGCUGUGGCAGCGUGCCCAGCAGGCACCCCGCUCACCAUCCCUGGUGGUGCACUUCCACGGCGGCGGCUUCGUGGCCCAGACCUCCAAAUCCCACGAGCCCUACCUCAAGAGCUGGGCCCAGGAGCUGGGCGCCCCCAUCCUCUCCAUCGACUACUCCCUGGCCCCCGAGGCGCCCUUUCCCCGCGCACUGGAGGAAUGUUUCUUCGCCUACUGCUGGGCCGUCAAACACUGUGCCCUCCUGGGCUCAACAGGGGAACGAAUAUGCGUUGCUGGGGACAGUGCCGGCGGGAACCUCUGCUUCACCGUGUCCCUUCGGGCAGCAGCCUACGGGGUGCGCGUGCCAGACGGCAUCAUGGCAGCCUACCCGGCCACAAUGCUGCAGUCCACCGCCUCUCCCUCCCGCCUUCUGAGCCUCAUGGACCCCCUGCUGCCCCUCAGCGUGCUCUCCAAGUGUGUCAGCGCCUAUGCAGGUACGGAGACAGAAGACCACUCCGACUCGGACCAGAAGGCACUGGGUAUGAUGGGACUGGUACGGCGGGACACAGCCCUGCUCCUCCGAGACCUCCGCCUGGGCGCCUCCUCGUGGCUCAACUCCUUCCUGGAGCUGAGCGGGCGUAAGUCCCAAAAGACGUCACAGCCCGUGGCCGAGCCGAUGCGCCGCAGCGUGUCUGAAGCAGCACUGGCCCAGCCCGAGGGGCCACUGGGCACAGACUCCCUCAAGAACCUGACGCUGAAGGACUUGAGCCUGAGAAGCAGCUCCGACACAUCGGACACCCCUGAGAUGUCACUGUCAGCUGAAACACUUGUCCCCUCCAAACCUUCCAACAUCAACUUCUUAGUGGAGCCUGAGGAUGCAUUGGAAGAGGUGGAGGCGAGAAGUGAGCUGAGCGCCAAGGACAGAGGCCCGGGUGCCCGUGACGCCUUCCCCAAGGGUUUCCACCCGCGGCGCUCCAGUCAGGGUGCCACACAGAUGCCCCUCUACUUCUCGCCCAUUGUCAAGAACCCCUUCAUGUCGCCGCUGCUGGCACCCGACAGCAUGCUGAAGACCCUGCCGCCCGUGCACAUCGUGGCGUGUGCGCUGGACCCCAUGCUGGACGACUCGGUCAUGUUUGCGCGGCGACUGCGCAGCCUGGGCAAGCCCGUGACGUUGCGCGUGGUGGAGGACCUGCCGCACGGCUUCCUGACUCUGGCGGCGCUGUGUCGCGAGACGCGACAGGCCGCCGAGCUGUGCGUGGAGCGCAUCCGCCUCAUCCUCACUCCGCCCACCGCGCCGCCGGUCUGAGCCGCCGCGCCGCGCGGGGGACGGGGGCUGCGGGGGGGGCGGGGGGGGGGCGACACUAAAGGCCUCUGUUCCCACCU